UUAAAACCAAGGCACUAUUGUAUUGUCUUCUCAGUUGCUUUCAAGAUUUUGUAUUGUUUUCAUCUUUAAUUUUCGUGGAACAGUUCAACACAACAAAUGACUGCGUCAGUAAAGCUUAUUGCUUUAGUAGUACUAUCCUUUUGGAUAGAUACAACACUAUGCCAAAAUAAUUGUUUCCCGAAAUGCAACUAUGGAACUGUGGCCGUCGUCUUUAUUACACAAAAAGAUACGUCAACACCCAGCAAUGUAGUAAAACCCGGACAUAUUAGCAGUUGCGGUUAUCGAAAUGAUAAUGGUUUAGUCGCAAAAAAUGUUGAAACACCCCAUAAUGUAGCGCAAUUUGGUGAGUUUCCAUGGAUGGUGUUAAUUUCACACCCUAACGGUACAUACAUAUGUGGAGGUUCGUUAAUCGCACCAAAUGUUGUACUGACAACCGCACAUGACGUCAUAGACAAGAUACCGGAGGAGCUGUCGGUGCGUGCUGGCGAGUGGGAUAGAGAAUCCGAUUUUGAACCGUAUAGACACCAAAAUGCAUUGGUUAAAGAGAUCAUAUGUCAUGAAGAUUUCGGGCGCAACACCUUAAAUAAUGACAUUGCGCUAUUGAUUUUGGAAAACUCAUUCACCUUGAUGCCGAAUGUGCAACCCAUCUGCUUGCCGGAAAUCAAUACAAAGUUGGAUCUAAUUAAUUGUGUUAGCAGCGGUUGGGGUCAAUACAAGUUGCGUGGAAUUGGCGCUGACCAGCAGAUUUUGGAGAAGGUCAAUUUAUCCGUUGUGCCGGAUUCUAUGUGUAUGCGUAUAAACUGUAAUGCUUUUUAUUCCAAACUAAAUCUACAUUCGAGUUUCAUAUGUGCCGGUGGCGUACGAGGCAAUGAAGAACGUAUGAGAGGUAGCGGCUCACCAUUAAUAUGUCCCGACUAUAAUGACCCCAAACGUUACUAUCAAGUUGGUAUUGUCGCUUGGGGUUCGGGUGGUAGUGCGCAAAAUGUUCCCGGCUUGUAUUCGAAUGUAAUGUAUUUACGGAAUUUUAUUAUUAAAAAACUUGAGGAGAAAGGAGUGAACUUAUAAUAUUUUACACUAAAAAUUUUAUAUUAAUUUUACAAAUAUAUAUAAU